CCCUGGAGGCUGAAUGAGCUGAAAAGCAGCUGAGGAAGGAUCUCGUGUUUGUGCAGCUGCUAGUAUCUGAGCAGAGAGCAGCUGCUGGGAGGGAGGAGAUAGCUCUGAAGGGGUUGGUGUGUCAGGUUUCCAUGCAGAGCACGUGUGGAUAAUGCGAACUGCAAUGCUGCUGCCUGCUCCAGCCACUGCAUGAGCCGGGAGCAUGGGGCAGGUGGCUUGGAAGGGUUUAUUUCUAUCCCUUUUUGAUUAUAAAACAGAGAAAUACGUCAUUGCGAAGAGCAAGAAGGUGGGGAUUCUCUACCGAGUGGUGCAGCUCUCCAUCCUGGCUUACCUGGUGGGGUGGGUGUUCAUUGUCAAGAAGGGCUACCAGGACACAGACACAUCCCUCCAGAGCUCUGUCAUCACCAAGCUGAAGGGCGUUGCCUUCACCAAUACCUCAGAGCUGAGGGAGAGGCUAUGGGAUGUUGCAGACUAUGUCAUCCCUCCACAGGGUGAAAAUGUCUUCUUUGUCAUGACAAAUCUGAUUGUGACCCCAAACCAGAGGCAAGCCACGUGUCCUGAGAGUGACAGAAUUCCCGAUGCCCUGUGCUACAAGGACAGGGACUGUGUGGCAGGGGAGGCAGUGGUGGCUGGCAAUGGGGUUAAGACUGGCCGUUGUUUGAAAGACAGGGACAGCAUCAGAGGAACUUGUGAGAUAUUGGCCUGGUGCCCAGUGGAGAAAAGAUCCAAGCCCAAGAAACCACUUCUCGCCAGUGCAGAAAACUUCACUGUUUACAUCAAAAACUCAGUCCGCUUCCCCAAGUUUAAGUUCUCCAAGAUGAAUGUGCUGGCAACCACCAAUGAGUCCUACCUGAAGAGCUGCCGCUACAGCAAAGAGCAUCCCUACUGUCCCAUCUUCCUCCUGGGCAACAUAGUUCAGUGGGCUGGGAGCGACUUCCAGGAAAUGGCCUCAGAGGGUGGUGUGAUAGGAAUUCAGAUUGAAUGGAACUGUGAUCUUGAUAAAGCCCCUUCUGAAUGUAAUCCUCACUAUUCUUUUAGCCGUCUGGAUAACAAGUUUGCAGAAAAGCCCAUUUCUUCAGGGUACAACUUCAGGUUUGCCAAAUAUUACCGGGACGCUGAGGGGGUCGACUACCGGACGCUUAUUAAAGCAUAUGGAAUCCGCUUUGAUGUGAUGGUGAAUGGCAAGGCAGGGAAAUUUAACAUCAUUCCCACUAUUAUCAAUAUCGGUUCGGGGCUUGCUCUCAUGGGAGCGGGAGCUUUCUUUUGUGAUCUGGUGCUGCUGUAUCUGAUUAAAAAGAGUAACUUCUAUCGAGGAAAAAAGUACGAGGAAGUAAAGUCCAGUUCCGGGAAAUCCUUAUCUAGUCCUACGCUGAACGGGAAUCAGAGCCCUGACCAGCUCGGUGGGCUCUAGGCACAGUGACGGGUCUGCUGGCUGGGGUCAUGUCCCAGGAAAACCCUGCAGGUGUUGAAUCACACCAGCACUGGGAGGUGGAGAUGCCCCACAUCAGGUCUACUGUCUUAUUACCGGGAUUCCCAGAGGGAAAAAAAGUCCUUUAAAGACUACCCUUCUUUCCCUGAGAUGUUCUCUGGUAUCCUGAGCUUGCACCAGUGUGUCAUUGCUAUGGAUUUAUAAAAGGAUUUUAUAAAAGGAAAAAGAAGACACCAAGGGAAUGUUUUUGUAUCUACUGAUACAUAUAUCUGUACCUACAACAACAGCCAGCGUUAUCCUGAGGCUGUGCUUUGCUUCCAUGUGCUGGGAUGUGAAACACCACUGGCUCUCUGAGGGCUGAGGCUGAGAUUCAACCUAUCCCCUGCUUCCCUGGCUUGCAGCCACUGCUCCCAACUCCCGCUUGUGUUACAUGCAGGACAAGAUGUGAAGCAGCAGGACUGAUCCUGUUGGGAAGUGCAGUGAAACACAGCACUCCAGCAGCACUCAGAGCCUGAGAGCUUGUUAUCCUACAAGGGCCAUGCCAGGUCAGAGCAGGGCAAUCGCGCUCAUUGUGGGGUGUGUGUAACCACUAGGGCUAGAAAUGGUGCUUCACCAGGAAAAGCCUUCCAACAGCUGGAGCACGGAGCUGUGCUGGGCUCAGGAACAGCAGGAGGAGAGUCAGUUCAGCCAUAGCGGGGUCCCGGCUGCCUCCACUGUCACCUGCCUUCUCCAGUUGUAAUUGGUCCUGAGAACCAGCAUUUAGAGCACAGAGCAAGUAACAGCAGGCAGCGAUUGAUAGUGAGGGGAAAGCAAGGAGACUGAGCUCAUCAAAACAUGUAAAGCUGACUGUGCUCUACUGACACCAACCUUUCAAAGUGACAAAACAUCCUCAUUAGGUGCCCAAAGCCGUUUCCUGAAUUUAAGUCUUCAGCCCCCCCAUACUCCCUAGAAUAUUUCCCUUCUUUCUACCAUUUGUUUAACACUAUUCCCACAAUCACUGCUAUUAAUAAAACAUAACCAGAUUCCUUCUCA